GCCCUCGUCUGUUUGCUUGCGAAUCCUUGACUGGGCCGAACACUUGAGAGUUUGGGGUGUGCUUCAAAUCUCAAACACCACACUAUGGAAACCAUUGGCGAGAUCAUCCCGUUCGCCAAGGAGAUGCUAAACCAGAGGCCAAGCCGAGGCAUGCUGAAGAUCUACAUGCUUGGCUCAACUAUGGCAGUGCUGGGAGUUGUUGGUGGACUGGUGAAAACUGUUUUCCUGCCAUUUGCGGAGCAGGAGACUGUUGAGGACGCACCGGCAGAGCUGAUCGUGAAGAAGGAGAAGAAGCAGCUGCUGAAGUCACACACCACCUUGGUUCGCCCCGAAGUUGUGGACGUGCUAAAUAUGGUAGUGAUUGAGGCCAAGGCCAAACAUCUGGUGACUGCUGGGCAGAGGAGCUCGAACCGCUUACAUGCUUCUUAAAGAAACCCUCCCAUCCUGGUGUAAAUGGACUCACACUUGCAAUGUUGAUGGUGAUGGUGGUAAAUUAAAACACCAUGUUGAACUGGUCACUUUGUACUCAUUCUUUUAUUUCAGAUUUGGUUAAACAUUCCCUUUUGACUGGCAAAAAAACUAGUAAAUAGACUGAAAACUGGAGGGUACCGUAAUGUCUCGCUGCUGGGCAGCAGAUACCUUUGGAUGUGACUUGAUGAAUGUGUUGGAGGAAAAAUGGAAUGUGUGUGAUUUAAUUAAUUUUGCACUCUAAUAAAGCUAUUUUUCAGCUA